AGGGUUCAAAGUUCUUGCAGUUUCUUCUUCUGUGAAGGAAACGAGUAAUUUUGGAGGAGGUAGAAGAGGGAGUUGCCGUUGAGAUCACCAGAUGGCCAGCGCAGAUGCGGAGGCGGUUGACUUCGAGCCGGAGGAGGAUGACCUCAUGGACGAGGACGGCGCUGGUGACGCAUCUCCUCAGGCAGCCCCGCGCAAGCUCAAGUCCGCCAUCACUGGUGGUGCUUCCGGUUCACUCUCUGCCCCCAAGAAGACCAAAGGUCGUGGCUUCCGUGAGGACGUUGCUGACCGCCAGAGCCGUCUUGCCUCCCGUGACUUCGAGUCACUUGGCUCUGACGGUGGUCCGGGACCUCAGCGAUCUAUUGAAGGAUGGAUCAUUCUGGUCACUGGUGUACAUGAGGAAGCACAAGAAGAUGAUUUGCACAAUGCAUUUGGUGAGUUUGGGGAGAUUAAGAAUCUACAUUUGAACCUGGAUCGCCGCACUGGAUUUGUUAAGGGGUAUGCACUGAUUGAAUACGAGAAGUUUGAAGAGGCAAAGAAUGCAAUAUCUGCAAUGGAUGGAGCUGAACUUCUUACUCAAACUAUCAAUGUUGAUUGGGCUUUUAGCAAUGGACCCACUACUGGAGCCUUCAAAAAGAAGAACGCAAGAUCUGGACGGACACAUCGGUCCAGGAGUCCUAGGAGGAGAUACUAAGGCAUUGUUGUGUAACAUUGUGGGGCUGGUUUUUCAGGAAGUUGGUCUGGUACUGUAUUUUUAAUAAGAGAUUUAAGAUUGAUUGUUAAUGAUCCACCGGAUUUUUGCAUUUGUAACUGUUUGCUUGAGUGUCCCUCAAUGAUAUGGUUUCUUAACUCCCAAUGCUUACCUUUUAUUAAUAUUGAAGUGCAGUUUACUUUUAUUUAUUUGAUCUCUUGGAAUGUCCUCUGACUGGCUUUUUUUUUUAUGUCCCUUAUGUUGAAGAUACUAGUGUAAUAUUUUUCUUUCAAUUUCCUUUCUCCUUUCAGAGAAUUCUCCACUGUCAUUAUUAUCACUUGAUCAUGGGCACCUGUGUAGACUUUUCACCUUUUAACAGCUGCUGCUUGUUAUCUUUCGCAACUUGCCUAGGCUAAGAAAAUGGUCCUCAUUCAAACAUGAUACAAUAAUGUAUCUCUGUUAAUGGUUCAAGCUUCCAUCAUGUUGGGGCACUUGUUCUGUUUUGCAGCUCUCUUGGAAUGUAGACGGGCUUUUCAUGGGUUUGGCAAAGGGCCUGCGUUACGCCAGUAAUGAGGAUUGUAAGCAGUCUGUUUGCAUGUCUCAUACAUUCGAUAAUUAAGAUUGAAAAUCAUUGAGUUAGAGAAUAUACUCUGACAUGAGCUAAACUAAAGGGGAAAAGACGUGGAGGAACAAGAAUUUCAUGCUUUCCCUUUGGUCCUAAGCUAUCAAUAAGAACUUAUUUUUCUUGAAUUAUGAAAUGCAGACGAUGGAUCUUCAUGAAUGAAUUACAAGUCAAGGAAUGAUAACAAGAAUUAGAGACAACUUAAGCCAGCACACAAGAAUGUCAUCAUUGUGAAAAAGCGAAAGUAAAUCUUGGUUUCAGAGAAAGAAUUAACAUAGAAUGCCUGUCAGGAAUCACAAGCAAAGUGUUUGAAAGCAAAGAAUGUGGCUCCCCUCUGGCAGGGAUGCUUAACGUUUUGUUUAAGCAAAGAAUUUCAGUCC